GCUUCGUAGGUAGUCCCUUUCGUUCAACAAGUCACUCGCUCUUCUCUAGAUUUCCAAGUCUUUCUCGUCUCUCUGCCUCAAGCUUUGUAUUUCCUCCUUUCUAUCUUUCCUUCAUAUCACCGCCACCAUGCUCCAUCGCCUCUUCUACAUCCUCCCUCUUCUCUCGACCCUCACAUCCGCCCAACGCUGGGGGGUCCGAGAAGACUCCCCUCCAGCCGAGACCCACGAGAACGUACAAAUCACCCAUUACUCCUCGGCCGUCACAAAGAUCAUCACCACCAACCCAGCGCAGGACCUCGACUUCACAAACGCCCAGGCCCUCACCGAUGGUAUGCUCUACCAAAUCGCGCUCGAGGCCGCCGCCGAAAAAGACGACCUGGCCGAGGCCGCCGGCACCAUCGACAGCGUCCCGCCCGCCCUGACAGUCAUGCAAGCCGGCUCCGAGAUCUACAUCUCCUCGUCCAUCAAGUUCAAUGCGCCCGGCUUCAUCACCACCUUCCCCUCGUCGCCCGCCAGCCUCGUUCUCGCACAGUGCUGCGCACUAGGCCGCUCGUUUGGCCUCGACGAUCGCUCGAGCUCGAACCAUCGCAGCGAGGGCAACUGUGGCGAGCCCGGUGCCGUGCACAUGUGGUUCAAGCAGCACAACACGAACGACUUUGCGAGGUUCCCGCAGAACGGGCGCAUUGUGACCGUUGGGUGGUAUAAUGGCGAGUACUCGAUCUGGAACCCGUGUGGAAAUAAUGAUGAUCCUACGACGGGAAAUGCGAGGGCUGAUUGGGGAUGUACGCGGUUUAUACAGGAGUUUGGUCUGACGGCGCUGCCUGCGGGGACGCAGGCGCAGCAGGUGCCGGACGAUUGGUAUAUUCAGACUAAUCAGAUCUGCCUAUAGACGAUGGUGUGGGUGUUGGAUAGUGUUUUGAAGUGUUGGGUGUUGUGUGUGUAAUAUUUCAUAACGUUGAGUCUUGGGUAUGACGGGAGGGCAGGGGGAGUUCUUGCUUUACAUAGAAGGGGUUAGUAAUAUUCUUACUCUCGAGAUUAUCUACUGUUACUGUC